AUGGAAGAUCACUUAUAUUUUGAUGCAGUAGAAAAACUUCUCGAAAAUAAAAAUCCGAAUAUAAAUAUAAAUGGAAAUAUUAAAAAUGAAAUAAAUGAAAAUAAAGAAUUAAAUACUAUAAAAAGUAAUAAAUUCCAUAGUGAAAAAAUUGAAAAUGAUGAAAAUAAUUAUGAAAAUAGUACUCGCGAAGAUGAAACAUUUAUUUUAAAAAAUGACUUUGAUAAAAAAUUUAUGAACGAAAAAAAAAAAGGAAAAAAGGAAGAAAAAAUAAAAUUUAAUGAUGAAUAUAGCGAAGAAAAUGAAAAGAAAAACCUAAGAAAACAAUUAGAGGAAGAUAAAACUUUGCAUAAAAGAUCAUCAAUACCAGUUAAAGGCAAUAAUAAAAUAGAAGACAAUAUAAAAAUAAAUAUAUUAAAUGAAAAAAAUGAAAUACAUGAAAUUAAUAGUUCUGUUGAAUCUAAUAAUGAAAGUGUAGUAUAUAUAAAAAAAAAUAAUAAUAAAGAUGUAGAUUUAAGUAGUGAAAAUUCUUGUUCUUUUGAAGAUAGAAUUAGUAAGGUAGAAGAAAGAAAAAAUAAGAUUAAAGAAAAAAUUAGUAAAUCACAAAAAAAAUCAAAAAAAGAUUACAGUAACAGUGAUAAUGAUGAUGAUAAUGAUAAUAAAAUUUAUAAUCAGGAAAAUAGAAACUUAUCUAAUGAAGAAAAAAGAAAACAUAAUAGUAAAAAUGAAAAAUGCAAUGAUGACAAGAAUUUACAACUACCUUCAGAUUCAAAAGAAGACAAAGAAGAAGAGGAUGAAAAGAAUGACGAAGGUGAAGAUAAUGAUAAGAGAGAAGGGGAAAAAGAAAAAUAUAAAAAGAAAGAAAUAAAUAAAAAAAAUUACACUAGUGAUGAACGAAGUUCAUCAAAUAAAAUAUAUAGUGAUGAUGAUUAUAGCUCUUCUGAAGAAAGAAAUAGAAAAAAAAGAAAAAGAAAAAGUAAAAACGAUACAAGUUAUGAAAAAAAAAUGGUAGAAGAUUACUCUUCCUCAAGUGAAUAUAGUUCAAGUAAUCAUGAGGAUAGUUCUAAUAAAAGAAAAAGAUCCUAUUCUAGUAGCGAAACUUAUUCAAGUGAUGAUGAUCAUUAUUAUAGAUCAAGAAGUAGCAAAAAAAGAAGGCAUAAUAAACAUGAUAAAUUAAAAAGGAAGGAUAAAGAAAGGGAAAGAAAAAGAGAAAGAGAGAAAGAAAAAGAAAAAAGAGAAAGAGAAAAAGAAAGAAUAAGAGAAAAAAUAAGAAGGGAAAGAGAGAGAGAAAGAGAAAGAAUAAGGAGAGAAAGAGAGAGAGAGAGAGAGAGAGAAAGAGAAAGAGAACUGGAAAGAGAAAAAGAAAGAAUGAUAAGAGAAAAAAAAAGAGAAGAAAGAAGACUAAAAGAGGAAAUGGAAGAAGCAAAGAGAGAUGAUCUUACUGUUUUAGUAUUAAAUUUAAGUUUAAAAGCGGAUGAGAGAGACAUAUAUGAAUUUUUUUCUGAAGUAGCAGGAAAAGUAAGAGAUAUUCAAUGCAUAAAAGACCAGAGAUCAGGAAAAUCAAAAGGAGUAGCAUAUGUAGAAUUUUACACUCAAGAAUCUGUAAUAAAAGCCUUAGCUGCCAAUGGAUAUAUGUUAAAAAAUAAACCUAUUAAAAUACAAUCAUCACAAGCAGAAAAAAAUAGGGCAGCAAAAGCUGCAAAACACCAACCGAUUGAUCCUAAUGAUAUUCCAUUAAAAUUAUAUAUAGGAGGUUUACUAGGACCUCUAAGUAACAUAUCUGAGCAAGAAUUAAAACAAUUAUUUAAUCCAUUUGGGGAAAUUUUAGAUGUAGAAAUUCAUAGAGAUCCUUACACAGGUAAAUCAAAAGGUUUUGGAUUCAUUCAAUUUCAUAAAGCUUCAGAAGCUAUUGAAGCAAUGACAGUUAUGAAUGGAAUGGAAGUAGCUGGAAGAGAAAUUAAAGUUGGUUAUGCUCAAGAUUCAAAAUACCUUUUAGCUUGUGAUAAUACCCAAGAAAAUAUUUUACAAAAACAGCAAAUGAUAAAGAAAAUAAAAAAUGAAGAUGCUGAACAAGAUAAUGAAAAAAUAGAUAAUGAUGAUGAUGAUGGUGGGGGGUUAAUAGCAGGAGCAGGAAGUAAAAUAGCUUUGAUGCAAAAAUUACAAAGAGAUAACAUAAUUGACAAUAAUAUACCUAUUAAAUAUGCUUCAGGAGGAAAUGUAUUAAUGAAUAAAAAUUCAUUAGUACAUAAUAAUCCAUUAAAUAAUGUUACAGAAAAUUUAGUGUUGAGUAAUAUGUUUUCACCAAAUGAUAAUAAUAUAGGAAGUGAUCCUGAUUUUUUUAAUGAUAUAAUUGAAGAUGUUAAAGAAGAAUGUAAAAAAUAUGGAAAUGUUGUUAAAAUAUGGUUAAACACAAAAAAUAUAGAUGGUAAAAUUUAUAUUAAAUAUUCUAAUGAAGAAGAAUCUUUAAAAGCAUUUCAAUUUUUAAAUGGUAGAUAUUUUGGAGGUUCAUUAAUAAAUGCCUAUUUUAUUACUAAUAGUGUAUGGGAUUCAACUUGCCUUUAA